AUGGCAUACCUUUUAGGUUCUGUGAUCGACUUGUUUUUAAUGUUUGGAGUAAUUGAUCAUGUACAUUCGUGUGCAUUGUGGAAUCCUGCUACUAGGGAGGUGAGACUCCUCCAUCUCCCUCCACCAAUGAUCAAUGAUCGCCCUGUGUUCGGGUUAGGAGUAGACCUUUUGACUAAUGACUAUAAAGUGGUUUGCUAUUUGUGUGAAAAUUCAGCAGCGGUCUAUUCAUGUUCCAGGGACUCAUGGAGAAUUUUCAAACAUAGAAUCCCCUUCUUUACAGGCGUAAAACAAACAUUUGGUACUGCUUAUUCUAAUGGAGUUUAUUACUGGCUGCUAAGAGGCCAUCAUAGUUACUACACAGUUCUUUUAUUCGACUUUGGGAGUGAAAUGUUUGAGGGGAUUGAAGGGCCACAUAUUCAUACUUAUGUAUUUGGUUUGAUGUUGGUUGAUGAUUCUAUUGCCAUCUUGAGUUUGAACGACCUUAAUAUGUCUGAUUAUGCUAUAUGGGUAAUGAUCCAACCAGGGGUUUGGAGCAAACUUGUUACCUUUCAAUGCUUCCCAUUUAUUAAGUCUUGUUAUGAUAGCUCUCUCAUUUUGGCAACUAGAACUUCUCGACUGAUCUCCUAUAAUGUUCGAACUAACAAGUUGAAGGAUCUUGCAUUUCAACGUUCAGGCUUGGGAAAUCAUGCAAAAGCUAGUGGCUGUGGAGUAUUUUAUUAUAAUGAGAGUUUAGUCACAAUUAAACAACGAGAUGAUGGAGAAUUGGACCAUUAA